CUCAGCGGCCGGAUGUUCCGGGAACAGACCGACGCAAGCGGAGAAUCCUGGGUUUGAAUCUGCUUGUAUCACUAAAUAAAGCACUGUUUGCUGAAGGGGGAAGGCGUUUGGAUUGCAUGUGAGGACAGGAGUCAGCUGAGCCAGCCAUGGCGAACAAGGCAGAAGACGUUGAAAAUAAUGUGGACCACCAAGAGUCCAGUCCAGCCCCAGAGCCCCUCCAGCAACAACAGGACGCUAUGGGAACCAGAGUGCGGUCCAGGAGAGGCUCAGGGCCCGGAGGAGGAGGUGGUGGUGGCAGUGGAAGCAGCCCAGAGCAGAACGGGCAGCCCCCCGCCUCUCGUCCUGCUCGAGUGGUGGAGAACGAGGAGGAUGAGGAUGAAGAGAUGACCCUUAAAUAUGGGGCCAAGCACGUCAUCAUGCUCUUUGUUCCUGUGACGCUCUGCAUGGUGGUGGUUGUGGCGACCAUAAAGUCUGUCAGUUUCUACACCCAGAAUGACGGACAGAGACUGAUCUACACGCCGUUCCCUGAAGAAACGGAUACAGUCGCCCAGCGAGCCGUCAACUCCAUCCUGAACGCCACCAUCAUGAUUACCGUCAUCAUCGUUAUGACACUGGUGCUGGUGCUCUUAUACAAGUACCGCUGCUACAAGGUGAUCCAAGGCUGGCUCUUCCUCUCCUCCCUUCUCUUGCUCUUCUUCUUUUCCUACAUCUACCUCAAAGAGGUUUUCAAAACCUACAAUGUGGCCAUGGACUACUUCACCCUGGCGUUGAUCAUUUGGAACUUUGGAGUGGUGGGCAUGAUAUGCAUUCACUGGAAGGGGCCUCUGCGGCUCCAGCAGGCCUACCUCAUCAUGAUCAGUGCCCUGAUGGCCCUGGUGUUCAUCAAGUACCUGCCAGAGUGGACGGCCUGGCUCAUAUUAGCCGUCAUAUCUGUCUACGAUCUGUUGGCGGUGCUCUGUCCUAAAGGGCCUCUGAGGAUCCUUGUUGAGACGGCCCAGGAGAGAAACGAGCCCAUCUUUCCAGCUCUUAUCUACUCUUCUACGAUGGUGUGGCUGGUGAACAUGGCAGACUCUGACGGGCCAAAGAAGAACUCUUCAGCAGCAGGAUCAGCCCAACAGGAGACACCAGAAGUAGCUGUGGCGUCUCCAGCGCCUUUGAGUCCGUCCCAGGAUAACGGCGGCUUCACGUCCUCCUGGGUCAGACAGCAGCAGCACCAGCUGGGCCCGCUUCAGUCCACUGACGAGACCAGACGAGAGAUCCAACAGAUGCCGUCUGCCCGUCCCCCAGUUGAAGACGACGAUGAGGAGAGGGGCGUGAAGCUGGGGCUGGGAGACUUCAUCUUCUACAGCAUGCUGGUGGGGAAGGCCUCGGCCACAGCUGGCGGCGACUGGAACACCACGCUCGCCUGCUUCGUAGCCAUCCUCAUCGGCUUAUGUCUGACCCUCCUCCUCCUCGCCAUCUUUAAGAAAGCUCUGCCCGCCCUCCCCAUCUCCAUUUUCUUCGGUUUGGUCUUUUACUUCGCCACAGGUAACUUGGUUCGUCCCUUCAUGGAUGAGCUGGCGCUACACCAGUUCUACAUUUAGCAGGAACUUGCCCUGAUGCUCACCUUCACAGUCCCUUCAUGGCUGCGGCGUCCCCCCCUCGGAACGCCAGGACACGAAUCGUUUUAUUUUCUGGCACAAGGAGAGUGUUCCUCACAGCAACUGUUCUUACAGCUUUUAUUUUCCUUUUCAACCAAGAAGUGACGUUUGUCACUCGGCGUGGACUCUGCCUGCAGCUCCAUCCAGACUGAGCGGGAACACUUCCUCAGAGACCUUCAGAUCUGGGAGCUUCCUGUUCAAACCAGUUCUCUCUGAUGGGGGCUUGGACAAACACAUCAACCGUUGACCAUUAGACUCCAGUGUUGCUAAUUUAUUUUUGUUUUUCCAGGACGUUUUCACUUUAUUCAAGCUAGU